AUAUGUUCAUUAUAAUUCAUUUUCUUUUGAGCUCAGUGUCUCAGACGUCUAGCGCCGGGUGCCCACUAACGUUAACGGCGUAAAAGCUAAUUUGUGUGUCAUGUCAGUCUCUCCUCCACCGUCAAAACGCGCUCGCCACUCUUCUCCAGACGCCAAAACAAAUGUCCUCCACUACUCUUCCCCCAUUGUCUCUUUCGAUUCUUGGCGUCGAACCUCUUGAUGAAUUCAUACGGGAGAUUGCAGAUUUCGUGCACCAUAUGAUUAUGACCAGACCAGGUGGCGGGAGCGAAGCAAGAGUUGAAGUGGAGGCGAAAAUCGGCGUAUUGAGAGAUAGGAUUUCUGGUCAAAGACUGGCGCUUCCAGUGUUGGUUGAAACGAUCUUAACGCCAAAUGACAUCGACCUUCGUUUUGAGUCAAACAUGUCCGCCAACCAACACAAGCACUUCAACACUCUCCUCAACGAAUUAAUGCGAAUAUCAAACCAGCCCUCACAUCCAUCAAGCCCUUUGGAAUACACCCAUUUAAAAGUGAUAGAUUCAUUUUUCCCAUCCGAUCAUCAAGAUAGAGAUAAGAUCAGAGUCACUCGCGAUGAAAACACUGGCAAUGUUCUUGAAUGCGUACGAAAAGUGAGGUUAGGGGACCUUAACAUUUACAGUCCAAAGAGAUUGGCAGAUUGGCGCAUAAGCGUGAACCUUGAGAUUCCUACACCCCAUCCAGUUGGUACUCCAACUUUCACGAGAAGAAAAGACAGAAUAUGCUACUCACAUGAAGAAUUCAACAUCGAUUUAACUCAGGUUAAAUCUAGCAUAUCACAUAAUGCUCCUCCGGAGGUUCUACACGAGUUAGAGCUCGAAAUUGCUCGCCCGGCCUUACUUUUAUCUACAGCAUCUAAGCGCGGGGAUCCGAACUCACCCGAGCAUGAACGUAACGCUUUUGACGAGCUGAUUCGAGCUUUCGUCAACAACGCAAGGAUUUUAGUAAAAAAUGCCAACGAUGGAUGGCAUCGAGCACAGUAGAAUGUAUAGAUUCCUUAGAAGUAAACCUAAAGCUACGGACAACAACGCGAUUUCGCGAGCACAUUGAAGGAUAUACAUAUGCAUAUGAUGUGAACUAGAGUAUCUGUACCAUUGUACAUUAUCCAAAGUGUUUAAAUUGCAGCAGUCAGCACCAUAAACUACGAUAGCAAGGGUAUCAAAACGCGCAAUCUUAGUUGCCCGUCUUACAAAUCCACGACCUCAACCAGAUCCCCGUCCUCCAAAUCAGCAUCUCCGAUUUCGGUACUGGGGUCCAUUUUCUCACCAUCGAUCAUUAAUCUUGGAGCAGAUACACCUUUUUUACUUUUUACGCCUUUCUUCCGAGCAUUCUGUUGUGUGACAGAUAAACCGGCCGCCUUGAGGAAUGCUUCGACAAUAGCACCGCAGGUAGCUGUGGUUCUAACGGUAAGGUUGAUCUGUUUAGUAGUCGCCGAACGUAAGACAAGUUUGAGCUUGUCACCGCCGGUGGACUCUGUGUCUGUACCCGCUCCAUGUUCGUCGUCAGGAGCAGGUGAAUGAGGUUUAGGUCCACCAAACUCGUCGAGUGACGGAGAAGGGGGUCGCUUGUAGCGAUUUGUGCGGAUGUACUCGUGAGUCUUCUUGUCACAUGCCUCU